UUUCCCGAGUCUCUCAAAGCGGCCGAGGACACGUCAUCGCGCCCGGGCGGAGCUCCCGCUGCCGGCCGCCGCUGGGGCUUGUCGCUCCGCGGUGAGGCCCCGGCUGCAGCCGGCGGCCGGGGCCGCGGGAGAAUGCGGCGGCUUACGCGGGUGGCGUUGCUGUGCCUAGGCUGCGGUUUGUGCUCGUUGCUCUACGGGUUCAGCCAGCUGGCUCUGUCGCUGGAGCAGGAGGCCCCCCGGCGCCAGCGCUCCGCCUUUCCAGUCCGGAGGCAGCUGAGUGGCGGCGACGCGGGCUGGGGAGCCGUGGCGGGAAGCGCAGGCCGCGACGAGCGACAGCGGCGGUCGGGGCCGGAGAGGUGUAAGAAUAUUUCUGUAUCUUACUGGAAUUCCUAUUGGAUGCUGCCCUCUGAUGUUUGUGGAAAGAACUGCUUUUGGGAAGCUGCCCAUAGAUAUGAUUUCCCAAAACCUCAGCCUUCUGAGAUGAUGCACUUGGCAGUGGUAGCCUGUGGUGAAAGAUUGGAGGAAACCAUUACUAUGUUGAGAUCAGCCAUUAUUUUCAGCAUCAGAUGUCUUCAGUUUCAUAUUUUUGCUGAAGAGUCAUUACACAGUGACUUCAGAGAAAUACUUGAUAAUUUGGCACAUAAUGAAAAAUUUAAUUAUACUCUAUAUCCCAUCUCAUUUCCAACUGAGAAUGCAGCAGAAUGGAAGAAACUGUUCAAGCCCUGUGCUUCUCAAAGACUUUUCCUACCUUUAAUCCUCAGUAAUGUGGACUCUCUACUGUAUGUUGACACAGACAUCUUGUUCUUAAGACCUGUUGAUGAUAUCUGGUCUUUCCUGAAAAAAUUUAACUCUACUCAGAUUGCUGCUAUGGCACCAGAACAUGAAGAACCUCGUAUUGGGUGGUAUAAUCGCUUUGCUAGGCACCCAUAUUAUGGAAAAACUGGAAUAAAUUCUGGAGUAAUGUUAAUGAACAUGACCCGCAUUAGAAGAAAAUAUUUCAAGAAUGAUAUGACAUCAGUACGAUUACAUUGGGAAGAAAUUCUCAUGCCACUGCUGAAAAAAUACAAGUUGAAUAUAACAUGGGGUGAUCAGGAUCUUUUGAACAUUAUGUUUUUUCAUAAUCCUGAAAGCCUUUUCGUUUUUCCUUGCCAAUGGAACUAUCGGCCUGACCAUUGUAUUUAUGGGAGCAAUUGCAAAGAGGCAGAAAAGGAAGGAAUAUUCAUCCUUCAUGGAAAUAGAGGAGUUUACCAUGAUGAUAAGCAGCCAACAUUUCGUGCUGUUUAUGAUGCAAUUAAAAAUUAUUCGUUUGAUGAAGACCUUGUACAUGCCUUGCUUCUACCUCUUGAACUGGAACUACAAAAGACACAACACACCUACUGUGGAAGAAUAUAUAAAGUGUUCAUAAAACAACUCACAAAAAGUGUAAGGGACCGUAGUAACAGAAGAUCUAAGGAAAGGUGAUCAUUGCAGGCUCUGGUCUCCAGCCUUUUGUAUUGAACAGGACCAGUGUAAGAGAAUAUUUGAUGCCUGAAGGCUAUUCCUACAGAAUGGCUUGUUGCCCUAAUAAGUUGUUAUUUGAAGUCUGCAUUAUCUCCUAUUGUGGACAAAAUGAAGAUAGUGAUCAUCUUAGGCAUCUGCAAGUUGGAGAUUGGGAACAGUGAUGAAACAUGGCUUGUGAAACCACAUGUGUCUUACAUACUUGCAUCUGACUUUGGGGUGCAAGUACAAAAGGCUGGGGUUUGUGUAGUGAUGUCACAGUGCAUGUUUUGUCAUUUUUGGGCAGUCAUGGUUUUUAUCACAUUUUUAUGGGUUCAUUUUGAAUUAUUCUUUGCAGAUUUUUUUUUACUUAGUUGGGAUCUUUGAAGUUGAAUUAGUAUACAUUACUGCAGUGAGUUAGGAGAGAUACAUUUUGUAUUCAGGUUUAAUCUUCAUAAUUCAGUUGCUUAUAAACCUCAAAAGAGUCAGAUAAAUAUGAAGGUGUUUAUGUUUUAAGAAUGGCAAAAUAUAUUGUCAUUCCUAAUCUCAAUUUUACUAAACUGUGAAUGAAGGAAUAAUUAAGUCAGCACUAUCUUCACUUUAAAAGUGUAAGAAUACAUUGUUUACAAAGCUCACAAGUUACUUUGUUUCAAAGAAAUGUGAUGUGAAAAUUGACAAUCUGUAUGUGCCUUUGUUUUCAUCUCUUAUACUUAAAAGAUUUGACAAUCAUGUUUUACAUAUAUUUAGCUGUAAACUGCACGUGGUAAAUAGAAUGUUCACUCUACACAAGAUUACUUAUUGGAAAUAAAUUUAAGCUUUUCAGUACUUCAAUUAUAUAUCGCUAUAAAUAAUUCAUCAGUCUGAUACUUUACAACUUUUUUGAAUUGUAAUUUUUCUCAAUUCCAGUCAGUAUGGCCGUACUGGAGAGCAUCAGGUGCUAAUAAAUAAUAUAAAAAGGAACUUUAUAUGCAAAAUAAAAAGCCUGGGAUGGGCAUGUUCAAUAGAUCUCCCUAUACGUCCCACAAUAUUUAAAUAAUGGUCCAUUAAAUUAAUGUGAAUUGUUACAUCA